CCUCCCAUGUGUUUCCUCCACUGCCCCGAUUCACCAGCCACCAUGAGCACAACGUGCGCCGCCCCACCGCCGCUCCCGGCCACCCCGCCACACCGCCCCGGAUCCGGCCGUCGCAGCGCCCCCACCCACGAAUCUGGCCGUCGCGCCGCCCCACUCCAACCCCAUCUUUCAGCCACGCGCAUGACCCCAUCUGGCGGCGCCACCGCAACCGCCACCAACCAACCUCCGCUCGUCGGGAUCCUGCGGCUGCGCGACAGCCACCAACCCACGUCGCAAGACGCUGGGAUCCUGCCACCGCGCGACCUUCCUCGACCUUCCACUGCGACCUUCCUCCACUUGCCACCAUGACCUUCUCCCUUCCGCUGCGCGCCAUCGCCUCCGGCGGUUCCACCUGCAUCACCUCCACCACCCACUGCCAGCCCCAGUGCGCGGCUCCCUCCAGCUUCCUCCGCGCCCGCCUCCACCUGAACUUCCCCCACCCUACUUCCUCCCGGCCCCGACGUCCCCUGUGUCGGCGACGCGCAUCACCCCCAGCCACGCACCUCUGCGACGAGUGGAGCUCCCGCGCGGCGCCGCGUGGAUGCAGUUACCACUGCCUCCCGGCACGCAGAUCGAGCCAUGGCCGGCGAGAUCGACCACGGCCGCGGCCUGAGCACCCAUCCAUUCCUCCCCUGCAGCUUCCUCUCCUUCCUCGCCAUUGUCACCUGUUGUUGCUUCGACACCACGAGCUGACCCAUCUCAGGACGGCGUCCCUGCGCACAGCCGCUGACUGGUGCCAUGGUCGCCCGCUGCCUACGUCCUCCGUCACGCUCAUCACCUUCUCCUUGGCGACCAGCAUGGAGAAGCCAGCACACUAGGGUGUCAGGACAGCAGAGGCCGGGAGCUCGCCUGCCUUGAAGAUUAUCUGAAGGACUAGAGCACAAUAUCGUGAAGAAACUGUAAUUAUCGCACGUUCAUGAAGCACGUGACUCAAGCAUCAAAGAGAAACUAGUUUUUAAGUAGCGGGGGUGGAAUAUAUGUGCGAUGCAUGAUUUG